AUGGACCCGGUGUUGGUUGCCAUUGGCCUCCUCACAAGCCUGCAAACCCGUAACCAUGCAGGACUGCCCAGCUACUUGCUGAAGGCAGAUCUGCACCAAGGUUAUGACCUCGCGUGGAGAGAUGCAGUGCGGUUCCAUGCAUGGGAAGCAAACAUUAGAGGUAAUAGUUGGUUGGUGCUAGACUGUUCCCUGGCUGCAGACAGAGCGCGAGUUAGAUUGGGUCCCCUUCUUGGGCCGUUUUUCGUUUUGAUUAAUCAUGGGAUCAGGCAGGGAGGGCGUAGUGCAGUGCAGCUGUUUGGUGCCUUUGCCAAAGGCUUAACGGACGCUGUUAAGCAAAGUAACGUGGGGGUGGGCAUCGGCCACAGUGUAGCGGCGUGCCGUGCAGUGCUUCAAGACAGAGCUGGGAGUCUGAGCCCCUAUGCAGCACCCGGGUGGGAGGAUAUCACGUUGGCAGCAAGCGAGUUUGAUCCGAUGGCUCCGACACAAGCAAUCAGAAACCUUCUGCCACCGUCCGUGCCAAGGGAGGAUGCCCUCCUGUUCCUUGAUGUGGCAGCCCAAUGGCAUCUUCUAAUCCUGCAAUUCAUCGAUGAUGCCUUCGUUUUGCAGUUUGCUUCAGGUAGCAAAGGUGCUGCAGUGCUGUGCGUGCGGGACAAGUGGCCCGACUCGCUACCUCCGCCCCUCCUGGAUGGCCAGCCUGUCAAAAUUGUGGAUCAGAUUGAGAUAUUGGGGAUGUCUUUCGAUGAGAAACUUAGCUUUGAUGGUGCCUUGCAGAAGUUGGGAAGCCAGAUGUGCGAGGUUUCCCGUAAGCUCAAUUCCUAUCAUUACAAGGCCAUCAAGGCGCUACUUGGAAUGACCAAUUUCUCGUUGGGUGACGGAGGAUAUGUCCAGCUCCUCACUUGGAUGGGCGGCAGCUGGAGAUUGAGUGCCAAAGUGUCGCUCAGGAUAGUGACGACGCUGGCAAGACUGCUCACCAUGCCGCCAAGCACGUUUCCUUAUGCACUUGUCCGAGCGGUGGCAGGGAUACCGGGAGAGACUUGGGUGGAAGCAGCGCGUGUGCUUGCAUUGGAACUUGGAAUCCAGCAGAUCCCGUCGUGGGAGUCAUUGCCACAGGGGGUGUUAACGAAAGAGGACAUUCGUGGUCACAUUAGAAGGUGGAAGAGUCAAGUAGUGAUUCCUGCCAUUCAACAGCAAGAGUUUGAGUGGAAGCAACGUGCUUGCAGCAAGAUUGGUUGGGAGCCCCC